GGCGGCGGCGAUGGGCAGCCGGGGCGUGCGGCGCCGCGAGUAGAAGGAGGCUGAAGCGCGCCCGCAGCUGCCCGGGAGGCCUGGCUUCAGGCACCACAGAUCUCAGCUCCAGAGCUUGGAAAAUGUGUAUCUUGAAGUCCCUGUUGAAGUAAAGACAGUCAUACAGGAGAAACUGGGAGAUAGCAUAAAUCUUUGUAGACAACUUGGCUGCAAGCAGUUAAACUGAAAUUAACUUCUGCCUUCUGGCCGCGGAGCGCUAGUCUGACGUUCCUGCCUGAUACUCUGCAGGCUAAAUCAUGCCAGCGUUAUCAACUGGAUCUGGAAGCGACACAGGUCUGUACGAGCUGCUGGCUGCAUUGCCAGCCCAGCUGCAGCCACAUGUGGACAGCCAGGAAGACCUGACCUUCCUCUGGGAUAUGUUUGGUGAAAAAAGCCUUCAUUCACUGGUGAAGAUUCAUGAAAAACUGCAUUAUUAUGAAAAACAGAACCCAGUGCCCAUACUCCACGGUGCAGCAGCCUUGGCAGAUGAUCUGGCUGAGGAGCUGCAGAGCAAGCCCCUGAGCAGUGAGAUCAGAGAACUGUUGAAACUCCUCUCAAAACCCAAUCUCAAGGCUUUGCUCUCUGUACAUGAUACUGUUGCUCAGAAGAAUUACGAUCCUGUCUUGCCCCCCAUGCCUGAGGAUAUUGAUGAGGAAGAGGAUUCAGUUAAAAUAAUCAGGCUCGUCAAAAACAGGGAGCCAUUGGGAGCUACUAUUAAAAGGGAUGAACAUACUGGUGCAAUUGUUGUGGCCAGGAUAAUGCGUGGAGGAGCUGCAGACAGAAGUGGUCUAAUUCACGUUGGUGAUGAACUGAGGGAAGUCAAUGGAAUUCCUGUAGAUGAUAAAAAACCUGAAGAAAUAAUACACAUUUUGGCUCAGUCUCAAGGAGCAAUUACAUUUAAAAUUAUACCUAGUGUGAAAGAAGAAAUGCCAGUGAAGGAAGGCAAGAUGUUUAUCAGAGCCCUAUUUGACUAUGAUCCUAAUGAGGAUAAAGCAAUUCCUUGUAAAGAAGCUGGACUCGCUUUCAGAAAAGGAGAUAUCCUUCAGAUCAUGAGCCAGGAUGAUGCAACCUGGUGGCAGGCCAAACAUGAAGGUGAUGCCAAUCCCAGAGCAGGCUUGAUCCCUUCAAAGCAUUUCCAGGAGAGGAGAUUUGCACUAAGAAGACCAGAAGUGCAGAUUCAACCACUGAAAAUUUCCAACAGAAAAUCAUCUGGUUUCAGAAGAAGCUUUCGUCUUAGCAGAAAAGAUAAAAAAACAAACAAAUCUAUGUAUGAGUGCAAGAAGAGUGAUCAAUAUGAUACGGCAGAUAUCCCAACGUAUGAAGAAGUUGCCAAAUACAGACGACAACCUAAUGACAAAUACAGGCUUGUAGUUUUGGUUGGUCCUGUAGGGGUUGGACUGAAUGAACUUAAACGGAAAUUGCUGAUCAGUGACACUCAGCAUUACGGGGUAACAGUGCCACACACAACCCGUCCAAGGAGAAGCCAAGAAAGUGAUGGUGUCGAAUACAUUUUCAUUUCCAAGCACUUGUUUGAGACGGACGUACAGAACAAUAAGUUUAUCGAGUAUGGCGAGUAUAAGAACAACUACUACGGUACAAGUUUAGACUCUGUUCGAUCAGUUCUAGCUAAAAACAAAGUCUGCUUGUUGGAUGUGCAGCCUCAUACAGUGAAACACUUACGGACAUAUGAGUUUAAACCAUUUGUAAUAUUUAUAAAGCCUCCGUCACUUGACCGUUUGAGAGAGACCAGAAAAAAUGCCAAGAUUAUUUCAAGUAAAGAUGAUAAGGGAACAGCAAAACCCUUUACAGAAGAAGAUUUUCAAGAAAUGAUUAAAUCUGCCCACUUGAUGGAGACCCAGUAUGGCCACCUGUUCGAUAAGGUGAUAGUCAACGAUGACCUCGCUACAGCUUACAGUGAGCUUAAAACAACUUUUGAUAGGUUGGAGACCGAGACCUUCUGGGUUCCCAUCAGCUGGCUUCAUUCAUAAUAAUGUUUUAAAUCCACAAAAUGUCUGCUGUUAUCUCAGCAUCUAAAUAUGGGGCAUGGUUAGGCAUUACCCAAUGGCCAUUUUCUUGGUAGGAGGGCUUUCUAACUCUACGUGGGCAGCAGAUACACUCUUCAUGCACUUGGACCUGGUCUUGUUUUCCCGUGUCUUCUGCCACAAUUUUGAGGCAGAACAGUCAGAUUAAACAGUCAGAUUAGGCAGUUUAAUACUGGAGAUGAGCACUUUGAUGUUUUUAAGCAUAACUGCUCUCAUAAAGAGCCCAUCAGCACUUGGAAGUUGUUACCCCUUCAGUGCUUGAGAGAACUGAAACAAGCAAAAGUGACCAACGUUUUUAUGGGGAAGACAUCGUAAUUUAAUUAUGUAUCCAGUUAAGUGUGUUUACUUUUCUAGAUGUGAACCUUGUACUGAGUGGUUAUUCCUCGGCACUUACAUAGUCACAGAAAGAAAGAUGUGUUCAGUGUCUUCAUUGUGAAAUACUCUGCUGUGAGCAUGCAUGGAUUGAAAAUAUUUUCACACAUGCUUUGUGACACAAGAAAAAACUCAUGAGAAUAUUUAUUUAAAUAGGAAAAAAUGUGAGUUACUGUGUAUGUAACUUCAAAGUCUUUGAGAUUAAUCUUCUGUAAAAUCAGCAGCAAAUUGAUAUGAAUAGCAACAAAGUAGAGAGUAUCCUCUUUUUUUCCCUUUAAACAUUUUUUAUAUACUUAAGAACAAUUUUCCCAUCAAAAAUUUUCAGACAAUUUGUGAGUAAACCUUGGAGAUCCAGGAAGCAGUUGCAAGAGAUUAAUUCUUUUUUCUUGUUUCCUAUGUGGUGAUACUUUUUAUUUGUAUAACAGAUAUUUUAUCUCCACUCAAAAUCAAAUUGAUGCUGUAGACAUCACUGUAUAAGAGUCUCCUUGUCACCGGUCAGACAGUUGGAAACCUCUUUUUAAGAUCUGAUGUGGCAGUGUAAGCAAAUGUAUAUUAGAUGAUGUAUUUUUAAUAUAGAUAAUUUAGUAUUUUUAUUUACUACUGAGUACAGAUGUAAAGACCAAGUAACACCUGUGUGUUGCCUUGCGAAUAUGUCCUCUAAGUACAGAAUGUGUACAGGAACUUCCUGACUUCAGAUCAUCCCAUCUGUUGCAUUCGAACAGGAAACUGUUUGUUCUUGUUAAUCUGUAAAGAAGAAUAUAGCUGUCCUGUUUAAAGAAAAAAGAAUUUAGUGAAACUUUAUAUAUUUAUGAAAGGGUUGAAAAGGGAUGUUAAGUUUUUAAAUUUCUUGUCAGUGUGAUCAUUUAUUGAAGAGAUUACUGAGGCUGUAAUUCGAAACACUUUCUCUGUAAAUAGAGCUCAACAUUCCAUGUAAAUAUUUUGUUUCAGUUCAUAGGCUGAUAAAGCCAUCAGAUUUUGCAGUUUUGUUCUAAAUGCAUAUUUAAUGUGUGGGUCAUUGCAUUUGACUUAGAGUCGUUUAAAAUAAAUGAAAUGCAAGGAACAACGGCAAAAUCCCUCGGAGUCUGGAAAUGUUUAUGCAAGAGUUACAGAUGUACUGGAUCCCAGUACGGAUACACGCUCUGCUUGAGCAGCUAUAAUGCAACUUUCGUCAAAUUUCACCGUUUUCCUGGUGGACUUAAACAUUUUUUGUAACAUAAAGAGGAAUUUGUUGAUUAAAUUAACGGCAUGGAGAUUGUGUGAGUUGAGAAAACAUUUUCCUUUUUUUAAUUACUGAAAAUGAAACUGUUUCUCAGAGGGUCUGGAAUCCAGCGGAGCUAUUUGCCUUUGGCUGUUAAAUGCUGAGCGCCCUCAACAUCUCUUGCAACCAGCCCAAACUGAGAGAGCACUCAGCAUCUCUCAGGAUCUGACCAUUUCCAACAAGAGAGGCUUUAGUCCUUACUGAAACCCUCUUAACACCAGUUCUAACCUGAGCUGUCUCAGAACAUUAGUGUACAGUAACGCUCACAUAAGGGACCUGCUUUUCUCUUUAAGAAAUAGAUGCUAGAAUAAUCUGCAAACUGCCUGGUGGAAACAGUUCUGGCUGUCCUGCAGGCUGUUUUUCUUGUCCUUUUGAAAUUAAUUUAGUUCCCAUUCCUGUGUUGGUGUGGUGUAGGAGGACCUUCUAAGUAGGUUUGCUGUGCUGGGCAGAAGUAAGCAACACAGUGCUUUGCUGCAUUUACAAAGACACUGGCCCUCUGAUCCUCGGCACAGUCUUGGCAGGAGUUUCCUAGACAGAUGGCUGCCUGCCCCGUCUCUGAGCCAGGAGCUAAUUCCUGAAUCGUAACACCUGCAAAAGAAAGGGAAUCACAAAAAAAGGUAAAUCCAACCAACAGAGUAAAAUGUACAGAGAGUCUUUGAGGAGUGAGAAAUAGUUUUAAUUAAAUUUCUAGAUUGAAAAAUUAACGUUAUUGCAGUGUUAGCUUAAAAAAUAUAUAACCAUUGAAGCUGUGGAAAGGAAUGAAAACUUGAAGCCUCCAUGAGGCAGGCAGAGAUGAUAGGAGAUACAGGCAGAAAAAAUGUCUCAACCCAACAAUUUCAACAGGACAGGAGCCUGCUUGUCGUGAUGGACACUGAGCCCAUGUGAUGAAUUGUUUUGGGAUACCAAGGAGGAGGGGGAGAUUGUUCCUUUGACUCUAAGAAUUUGGGAACGAAGACAACUAAACAUGUUUCCAAUGUUCUGCAUAUUCAAAUUGUGCUGUGUGGGUUUUUAGAGAAAUGUAUGUUUUGACAAGUCAAGUCCAGAUGUUUUUAUGGUGUUUUAGCUGUUUGCCAUAGUCAAGCAAAUGGUAGUACUUUUUAAUAUUGUACCAAGCUCUAUACUUGAAUUUGCCAUCAGGCCCUCGGUUGAUGUCUUACCUGAAAUCCAAUCUUCUUAUGCAAAACAAUAAAUUAUUGAUAUAUCACUGAA